UAGGCUCGAUGAGUGUUGAGAGUUGAGAGGGCCUUGAUCGAGCUGUGAUAAGUUUCUUUCCGAAAACAUUAGCGCCGAGGUAAAUGUAUCGCAGAAACAACGAACUACGUUGAGUACGAUAGUGUUACGCAUAACGUAUAGAGGCUUGUUUUUAAUUGUGUAUAAUACAAGCGUAAUAGAAACAGAUAAUACUAGUGGAACAAAAUAACAACGUUCGUAAAGAUUGGCCAUCUUGAAAAGAUAUGUCAUAUUUUUUAAAACGUCAACAAUAUAGUGUGUAUUGUUCAAUACAUGCCGCCAGAUUGCUUUAACUACGGUUGACUACACACCUAAUCAUCGGAAGUAAAGGCGACACGGUGGCGUAUUUGACACGCGGACGUAAUCGUAAAAGAAGCACAGCUUCGUCAAAUAAUGAAUCGCACUGACGGAUUGGUACAACGACGACGUGUUGUUAACAGCAGUAGUGGUAGUAGUCUAGGCCAGGAUGGCUCUAAUGAUAUUAGCCAUAAUGAUAAAUUAUCUGGUCAUGGCAUGGAUACAGACUGUACCAUGCAAAAAGAUCUUAAUUCAAAUCCCAAGAUCGACGAAUCCCAAGAUUCUGAUAAGGAAACCAGAUUGACACUCAUGGAGGAAGUUUUAUUACUUGGCCUGAAAGACAAGGAGGGUUACACAUCAUUUUGGAAUGAUUGCAUAAGUUCCGGAUUACGUGGUUGUAUUUUGGCAGAACUUGGAUUUCGUGGUCGAGUAGAAUUAGAAAAAGCUGGUAUGCGCAAAAAGGGACUAUUGGUGAGGAAACUUCUACUGAAAAAUGAUGCUCCUACAGGAGAUGUUCUGUUAGACGAAGCUUUAAAACACCUAAAAGAAACUGAUCCACCUGAAACUGUUCCUAGUUGGAUUGAAUACCUCAGUGGAGAAACAUGGAAUCCACUCAAAUUAAGAUAUCAGUUGAAAAAUGUUAGAGAAAGAUUAGCUAAAAAUCUUGUUGAGAAAGGAGUUUUGACAACUGAAAAACAGAAUUUCUUACUCUUUGAUAUGACAACUCAUCCUCUUACUGAUAAUCUUGCCAAAAGUCGACUUGUAAAAAAGAUUCAAGAAGCCGUGUUAAGUCGCUGGGUCAAUGAUGCUGGCCGUAUGGAUAGGCGAACAUUAGCUUUAGUUAUUUUAGCUCAUGCAGCUGAUGUAUUAGAAAAUGCGUUUGCACCUCUCUCAGAUGACGACUAUGAACUAGCGAUGCGACGAGUGCGAACAUUAUUGGACCUUGACUUUGAAGCAGAAGCUGCUAAACCUAAUGCUAAUCCAGUUCUUUGGGCGGUAUUUGCUGCAUUCACUAAGUAACAAUUCUUUCACAAAUUACAAGUGUAUAAAGCAAAUAUUGGAUACUAGUAUGAAUACUUGGGACUAUCAAAUUUACAGAAAUUUUUGUUGCAAUCUGAAAUGGAGUAGCUGCAAGUGUUAUUAAUGAUCAUACAAUUCAGACCAAAUACCUUGAACCCAACUGUGUAAAGCAGACUUAGAAUAUUAGUCAUUUCCAUUACUGUUAUUUAAUACAUUUGAUAGCUGAAUUAUGAAUGUUCAUAUUUAAAUAUUAUAAAGAGCAAAAAAGAAUAACAAAAUUUAAGGUAUGAAUGAGUACUUUGCGUGUGGGGUAGUGCCAUGUCAGCUCAGGAACAAAAGAUUGCACUGUGCUGAGUUUUGUCCCAUAUCUUCUCUGUGUCUAUUAUCUGAACAUGGACUGCAAAUACAUAUGUUUACAGACGCGACAAUUAUAUGGCAGACAUUUAAUGUUGGAUCAAAUGUCACAUUUCUGAUAGUUGUCUAAAUGUGAAAGCAAUGAAAGUAAUUCUUUGCACAGUGGUGACGAAUUUUUAUCGUUUCUUUAUGUCUUCUUUAUAGAAAACUGGAUUAUAGUAGGUUUAUAUUUCCAAAAUUUGUUUUUAUUUUUUUUUAACUAGUGUAUAUUUAUAGUUUCACUAGGUGGCAGUAAAGUACUCAGAUGUCAAAAAUAGUUUAUGAAAGUCAUUUCUAUCCCACUUAAAUCUUUCUCGAUGUAUCGCUAUGAUCUAUGAUGAAAUGUAACGCGGGAAUAGUUGGAGGUAGCAAACGAAUAUGUCGAAGCUAUUAUGUUCUUAAUUAAUACGCGAUACGCACGUAUGUUCCCAAAAAAUUUUGUUGUUAACUUAUCGUAUAUAUGUUACUGUUGUUAACAUUAUACGAUGUGAUAUGAUACGAUGUAAGUAGAAAAAAAAUAAAGUGGGGAUUGUCUGUUAUAAUUAGUGUAUCAAGGCAAACGAAAUUAAAGACGAAUAAGGGAUUUUCAAAAAUUAUAAUUGUUACUAAUGUCAGUAACAUAUACUAUCGUCUUUUACAAAUCUUUAAAUGUGUAUAGGGUGAUCAAGAAAUAUUUAAUCUUUCUUUGGAAUGUUUGUAUAAUAGUAAUAAUUUAUUUCUUGGACAUUUAAAUAUUUUCUAGCAACAUUUGAAUGAUCAAUGUAUGAGAAACGAUUCAAUUAUUUUACUUUUUUAUCUAUUUUUUUAUACAUCUUAAAUUACAUCGAUUACUAAAAUCGUAAAUUUGUGCAAUUGCUUAAUAGUUGGUCUCAAAUCUUCGUUCAUUACGAAAAUCGAAUAUUUGUGAUAAGUUUAGUAUGUAUUUAACAAUGGCAUUUCUGAGUAUUUAGUUCACAAAUUAUAUUUGUGGAAAUAUAUUGAUCUUUUAAAUGGAAGGUAUAUUGUUAUUUUUGACAAUGUUUAAACUGAUCAUAUUGAUUUGAAUAUAUAAGUUUUAUAUUAUUACCUUUUAUUUAAAAACUAUAAAAAUUUUAGGCUCAUAUAUUUUAAAUACACAUAAGAGUCAGUUUCAGUAUCUGCAUUAGAACAGAUUAAUCAGUUUCAAAUGUAUUUGUACCUUUUAUGGUUAUAAUAGUAGUUGAAAAUUUCGUACUUGUAGGAUUAGAACUUUACCAUUAAUUUAACUAAUUUAAUAAUAUAUCUUUUUAGUUUAAAGCAGCAUGUUAUGUUAUCUUUGUUUGAUUAAUAUUUCUUGGAACAUCCUGUAUGUAUUCAACUGAAUUUGUUCAUAAUGUUGAGGGGUUCCCUACAUAAGUUUGUAUAACAUGAAAUUAUUUUAUGUGUUUAGAUAAUAUGUAUUAUAGAACAAUAAACUUAUUUUUGUUUAUA